AUGGACGACUCAAAGAUAUCCGCCCACGACUCCUCGUCCCCCACCAACACUAAAGACGCCGACAUCGAGGUCCCCCUCGUCGACCCCGAAAAGUCCACCUGGGAAAGAUUAUGGCCCGCCAUGGCCUGCGGCGCCGGCCUCUUCGUAAGUUCCUCCGGUAAAAAGGUCACCACUCGUCUCAAAAACCUUGCCCAAGACGUCGCGGACGCCGAGAACAUCUUCCCCAGUAUCCACGAAUACUUAAUCCACGCUAACCCUUUGUUUGUUUCGUCUGGACAGAGCGACGGCUACCUCCAAUCCGUCAUCGGCCCCGUCAACACCAUCCUCUCCACCCUCUACCCGGUGAAAUACGCGCAGAGCUCCGCGGUGUCGAACGUGACAUCGAUUGCUUUCGCGGGGACGGUGCUGGGGCAGUUGGUAUUUGGGUAUACGUCGGAUUCUUGGUCGAGGAAGUGGACGCUGUUGGUUUCGACGGUGAUUUUGAUUGUUUUUGCUGCGUUGGGGGCGGGCAGUUAUGGGGCGGGGGGGAGUGUAAGCGGGUUGUUGGCGGCGUUGACUGCUUAUCGGUUUUUGCUUGGGAUUGGGAUCGGGUUCGUCCUCUUCACCAACGUCCAAAUCGACUUCGGCUUCGUCGCCGGAACGCUGGUCGGUUGCAUCGUCACGGCCAUUGCUCCGCACCACCUGCACGCCGUAUGGCGCAUCUGUCUCGGCCUGGGCGUGAUUCCGCCGCUGUCGCUUUUAUACCUCCGGAUUAAGCUGAAGGAGCCGGAGGCGUUCUCGAGGGAGAAGUUUGAGAAGAAGGUGCCGUAUUGGCUCGCGCUCAAAUUCUACGGGCCCCGGCUCGCGGUUGUCUGUGUCAUCUGGUUCAUCUACGACUUCCUCACAUACCCCUUCUCAAUCUUCUCCUCCUCCUGGCUCGACACCAUCGCCCCGGACCGCGACCUCUGGCAAAACUUCGGCUGGUCCACCGUAAUCAACUGCUUCUACCUCCCCGGCGCCAUCGCAGGCGCCUUCCUCUCCGACCGCCUCGGCCCCCGUCUCGCCCUCUCCGUCUUCGUCGCCGCGCAAGGCAUCGUCGGCUUCAUCAUGAGCGGCUGCUACCCGUGGCUCAAACUGCCCGAGAACGUCGGGGGCUUCGUCGUCGUGUACGGCAUCUUCUUGUCGUUGGGCGAAAUGGGGCCGGGGGACAACAUCGGUCUCGUCGCCGCGAAAUCGUGCGCCACGGGGAUCAGGGGGAAAUACUACGCCAUCGCCGCCGCGUGCGGGAAGGUGGGCGGGUUCGUGGGGAACUACAUCUUCCCGUACAUUAUCGCCGAUGGUGGAGGCACGGAUAGCGUGAAGGGAGGGCAGUAUCCGUUUUAUGUGGCGAGUAGUCUGUGUUUGCUCAGUGCGUGUAUCGUGUGGUUGUUGCCGCGGAUCGAUCAGGAUACGAUUGAGAAGGAGGAUAGGCGGUUCAGGGCGUAUUUGGUGGAGAACGGGUGGGAUGUGAGUACGAUGGGGGAUGAGGGAUGGAGGGAGAAGAGGAGGGCGAGUUUGGCUGCGCAGGGGAUGGAGGGGAAAGAGAAGGAGUAUUGA